GUGUGUGGCAUUUACCUCAUCAACAACCACUCCCAUUUCUACCGAGAAGCAAAACCCUAAAAGAGGCUUCUUGGAGGAGCGGUCCGCCGCCAGAUUGAUUUACCUCCUAUUCGUAUGUGUAUAUAAAUACGCUAGAUUCUAUAUAUAUAUGUGCAUAAAUAUAUAUUUAUGUAAUAGAAUCAUGGGCGUGUGUGUCACUCUGUGGUAUUGUUCUUGUACAAACCCUGAAGCCAUCCAUCCUAGUUCCGAGCCGAGCCCCUAUUUUUCUUCCUUUGAUUGAGGGAAUGUUUUUUAUUUCUCGGUGUUCCUGAGGAUUCAAUGUGGAUGAGAAGAUGGAUUUUAUGCUGAGGAACAGUUUUUCAGUUUGCGGUUACUCGUCGUCGUUGGUGGGAGUGAGCUUUGCUUUACGUUUGAUCGUGUUGUUUUGACGGUUUUGCUCUUUCUUGAGACCUCAGCCUUUUUCUUUUUUUCCUUUUUUAACUUUUGUUCUUGUUUUCCUUCGAGACGUGAUGGUCAAAGGCUGGAACUUUUGUGAGCUCGAAGAUUUUGUGGAGAAUCACCAUCAUCAUGUUGUCUGAAUUGGAGCGGAGGCCAAUGAUUGGUAACAAUGAAAAUUCAUUUGGGGAUGAGUUAGAGAAUGAUCUAGGGUUCUUGCUCCGUGAACAGAGGCGGCAAGAAGCCGAUGAUCUUGAAAGGGAACUGAAUAUUUACAGGAGUGGAUCUGCUCCGCCCACUGUUGAGGGUUCCUUGAGUGCAGUCAGUGGGCUGUUAGGCCAUGGAGGUCAAGGAGGCGGAGGGAGUAGCGUAGGCUUGACAGGUCUGGAGUUUCAAAGAAACUCCUCUAAGAGCAAUGGAUUCUUGUCUGAGGAGGAUAUUAGGUCUGAUCCUGCUUAUCUGUCUUACUAUUACUCUAAUGUGAAUCUGAAUCCGCGGCUUCCACCUCCACUUUUGUCGCGGGAGGACUGGCGCUCCUCGAGGAGAUUUCAGGGCGGAAAUUCGGCUAUUGGGGAUAAGAGGAAGGUGAGUAGGAAUGACAGUGCCAAUGGUGGGAGGUCACUGCUUUCGAUGCCGCCCGGAUUUGAGUUAAAGAAGCAGGAUAGUGAUGUUGAGGACAAGCUUCAGGGUUCCGUUGACUGGGGCGGUGAUGGACUAAUUGGUUUGCCGGGAUUAGGGUUAGGUAACAAGCAGAAGAGUCUUGCUGAGAUCUUUCAGGAUGACAUGAACCGUACAACUCCAGUUUCCGUACACCCUUCACGCCCGUCGAGCAGAAAUGCUUUUGAUAAGAAUGUCGGUGGAACUUUUGGCUCAGAGACUGACAUGGCUCAUCUGCAUCAGGAUUUUACUUCUUCUGAUCCAGUUCACUCUGUUACAGAUAUUCAGAGCUCUUCAGCUACUCAGUUGUCUGGGCAACCAGCAUCGUAUUCUUAUGCUGCUGCGUUGGGUUCAUCCUUGUCAAGAAGCACAACUCCUGAUCCUCAACACAUUGCAAGAGCUCCCAGUCCCUGCCCAAAUCCUAUUGGAGGUGGCCGAGCCGGAAAUCAUGAAAAACGAAACAUUAGCAGCUCUAGCUCCUUUAAUGUUGAGUCUUCCCAUUCAAGUGAAGCGAGUCUUGCUACUGCUUUAUCAGGCAUGAAUCUAUCUAAUGGAAUUAUAGAUGCAGAAAAUCAUUUUUCGUCACAGAUUGAACAAGAUGCCAAUGACCGUAAAAAUUAUCCAUUUGCUCUCCAGGGCGGCCAGAACAAUGCAAGACAGCGACCUUCUAUGAAAAUGCAUGAACCUUUGCAUUUCAAUAUGUCUACUGUGCCUCAGCCUGGAAAAAUAAUGCCUUUGGAUUCUAGUACGGGUGGUGGUGAUAGGACCGAUCUCAUAAGCACUUCCCUCCAAUCUGAGCUGCAGAAGAAAGUUCCCUCUAAUAAGGCCAUCUAUCUGAAAGGAGCUUCCAAUGCUGCAGUUGACAGUGUGGACCUCCUCUCUCAAUAUCAACACAUGGGCAGUCCCAAUUCUUCCUUUUCAAGUUAUGGAUUAGGCAGCUACUCUGGGAGUCCAAUGAGCGGCAAUUUACCACCUUUAUUCGAGAAUGCUGCUGCUGCAUCUGCUAUGGCCGUACCUGGAAUGGACUCUAGGGUGUUGGGUGCAUCAAAUCUUGCCGCUACCACUGGGGAGCAGAAGCUUGGGAGAAUUGGAAAUCAGCUGGUAGGGAGUGCCAUGCCAUCACCAUACGCUGAUCAGGUAUACCUGCAGUACAUGAGGACAGCUGAAUAUGCUGCAGCACAAGUUGCAGCUCUCAACGACCCCUCUGUUGAUCGGAAUUACAUGGGGAAUUCAUAUAUGGACCUUCUUCAAAAAGCUUACAUUGGGAAUCUGCUGCCAGCCCAAAAAUCACAGUAUGGAACAUCAUUUGGUGCCAAGACCGGUGCAACUAGUCCUCAUGGUUACUAUGGAAAUCCUGCAUAUGGUCUUGGAUUGUCUUAUCCUGGAAGUCCCUUGGCUAGUCCAGUUAUUCCAAAUUCAGCUGGAGGACCUGGCAAUCCUUUGGGGCACGGCGACUUCAAUAUGAGGUUCCCUGGUGGUGUGAGAAAUGCCGUGGGGUCUGUAAUCGGACCGUGGAACUUGGAUAACAUGGAUAAUGGUCUAGCUUCAUCUUUGCUUGAGGAGUUCAAAAGCAACAAAACCAAAUGUUUUGAGCUGUCAGAGAUUGCUGGUCAUGUUGUUGACUUUAGUGCUGACCAAUAUGGAAGCCGAUUCAUUCAGCAAAAGCUUGAAACCGCCACGAAUGAAGAGAAGAACAUGGUUUUCAAUGAAAUCUAUCCUACUGCUAUUAUUUUAGUUACUGAUGUGUUUGGGAAUUAUGUAAUCCAAAAGUUUCUUGAACAUGGAAUGGAGUCUCAGAGAAGGAAAUUAGCUGGCCUUCUUUUUGGGAAUGUGCUUCACUUAAGUCUGCAAAUGUAUGGUUGUCGAGUGAUACAGAAGGCAAUAGAAGUUGUUGAUGUUGAUCAGAAGAUCAAAAUGGUGGAAGAGCUAGAUGGGCAUGUCAUGCGUUGUGUGCGUGAUCAGAAUGGGAAUCAUGUCAUUCAGAAAUGCAUUGAAUGUGUGCCAGAGGAGUACAUUCAAUUUAUUGUAUCUACAUUUUUUGGCCAAGUUGUUACUCUCUCCACUCAUCCGUAUGGAUGUCGUGUGAUACAGCGAGUUCUGGAGCAUUGUGAGGAUCCAAAGACCCAAAGCAAAGUGAUGGAUGAAAUUCUAGGGGCUGUAAGCAUGCUGGCACAGGAUCAGUAUGGAAACUAUGUUGUUCAGCAUGUAUUGGAGCAUGGGAAGCGUCACGAACGAUCUCUGAUAAUUCAGGAAUUGGCAGGGAAAAUUGUUCAGAUGAGCCAACAGAAGUUUGCAUCUAAUGUUGUUGAGAAAUGCUUGACUUUUGGUGAUUCAAGUGAACGCCAACUGUUGGUGAAUGAGAUGCUUGGAACAACUGAUGAGAAUGAGCCUCUUCAGGCUAUGAUGAAAGAUCAGUUCGCAAAUUAUGUUGUUCAGAAAGUUCUUGAGACCUGUAGUGAUCAGCAGCGCGAGCUAAUCCUAUCGAGAAUUAAAAUUCAUUUGAAUGCGCUCAAAAAGUAUACGUAUGGGAAGCAUAUAGUAGCUCGAGUGGAGAAACUUGUUGCUGCUGGAGAAAGGAGAAUGGCCGCACAGAGCCUGAAUGCGGCGUAAAAUUGGCAUAGGGAGGGAGUUGUUGUACAGCUAACUGAGGCUAGUUUGGGCUACCUCUCUUUCUUUCUGUUUCUGAUUGCGAAUAAAGUCUGAGUUGCCUGUACUAAAGAAAAAGAAAAAAAAUGGAAAACUGUAUCGUGUGUAGUGUUCAGUUUUUAUUAUUAUACAUAGAAAAGAUCGAGGCUUAGUAUAUGCAGAGAGGCUCAGAGGCCAAACGAUCCCGAUGAUGCCCGUGCCUGCACCAGAUAAAAAGUCAGUCAAUCAGAUAGAUGAUACUCUACGCUAGGCAAAAUGCAAAGCCAUGCCAUGCCAUGCCGAGGAUGUAAAGUUUUCGACGCGGCACCUUAGUGGCUGUACAAAUUGUGAAGCACUGGUUUUCUUUCUAGUCCAGGGAUGUUAUUAUAUAAUUUAAGGAUGUUUUCUCCUUACAGGCGCUGUUUCUUCU